CAACUGUCAAUGAUGACAGCCCCGUGCGCACAUGUUCGUUCAAAGUAAACAGUUCACAGUUUUUGUAUUGUCCACAGCACGAUGGCGAUCGGCGGAGGAAAGUUUAAAAAGAAAAGCGACAAAAAGCGCUACUUUGAGCAGCAGGCGGACGAAUCAGCAACGCCAGAACCACAGCCGAGUGAAGUGCAAGGCCGUCCGGCCAAAAUCGUAUUCGACGACGAAGGUGAGCAACGCGUGGUGCCGAUUGAUUACACGGCUGGCGAAACCGGCACAUCGUCGCGUGCUACCGGUGCGAGGCGCAAGAAGGCACAUGCGGACGGUGAAGAUGAUGACCACGAGGGUGACGAGGAUGAGGAGGAGGACCAGCUGACCAAGCUGUGGUACAACAACUUCGAACCAUACAAUCUGGUCGGCGAGAUGGUUGACAUGAAGGACGCGGAAUUGGCGGAACUGCGCAACAUCUGCAAGGUGGCAUUCGAGGCCGAGUGCCGGGCCCGCAAGCGGUACGAUCCGUCCGAUGCAAAGUGGCUGCUGAGCGCGCUGGAAAAGGGUACGCUGCGGGACAGGGCCAACGCGGGGGCGCUGCUGGUGCAGACGAACCCGUUCUGCCAUCUGCACGCACUCGACACGCUGGUGGGCAUGGUGAAACCGUCCAACAAGGGCUUCCUGGACGUGGUCGAGGUGCUGACCGAGCUGAUGCUGAAAUCGCUGAUGCCCACCCAUCGCAAGCUGAUCACGCUGCCGAUGCGCGGCACGGACUGGAAGAACGUGCAGAAGCUGCAAACGCUGGAGAAGCCCAUCCGGGACCAGAUUUACGCCCACUGGCACUUUGAGGACCAGCUGCGCGAGCACUACUUCGCGUUCGUCACCAAUCUGUCCACCAUCCUGCACACCGGCCAGGAGCCGGCCAAGCUGAAGGUGAUCGGCCAUGUGGCGAAGCUGUUCAGCAACGUGCCGGAGCUGGAGCGGCUGCUGCUGACGGCGCUGGUCAACAAGCUGGGCGAUCCGUUGCGCCCGGUCGCGUCGAAGGUGCUGUACCAUCUGCAGCAGAUCGUGCGGCGCCACAGCGCGAUGGCAUUCAUCAUUACGGGCGAGGUGGAGAAGCUGCUGUUCCGCAACAAUGUCGCCCCGAUGGCGCAGUACUAUUCGCUCUCCUUUCUCGCCGCGAUCGGUUCGUUCGGCGACUUUCCGACCUGCCAGAAGAUGAUCAACAUUUGCUUCUCGUACUUUAAAAUUCUCACCGAAAAGGGUGAAAUCAACUCGCGCACGAUGCAGUCCAUCCUGACCUGUCUGCGAAAAGCGAUCGCGAACGUGAAGCGGGACGUCGAUCUGGCGGAGGUGGUCGAACCGGGGCUGCUGGACGUUAUAUACCGGAUGAUCCAUCUGGCGGACUUUCCGAUCGGUUGCCAGGGACUGUCGCUGCUGCUGGAAAUUACCGAGCGCAAGGGGUACGAGCAGGACCGGUUCUAUAAUGCGCUGUACAGGAAGCUGCUCGAUCCGGAGCUGGCGUCGAUCGGGCCGCGCAUAACGAACGUGUUCUUUUACAUACUUCACCGGGCGAUGCAGAACGAUCCCAUCCCGGAGCGGGCGCAAGCGUUCGUGAAGCGGCUGCUGCAGGUUGCAUUCUACUUUCCGGCCGCGCGGCUUUGCGGUGCGCUAAUCGUGGUCAGUAAGGUGCUGCGCAAGCGCAAGGUUUUGCUGAAGGACGGACAAACGCCUCCGGACGUCGAUGCGGUCGAGGAGGUUGCUGUGGAGGAGCCGAAGGAAGCUCUAGACGACCUGGAAGAGGACGUCGAGGGGAAGCAGGACGUAAGCAAGCAAGCCGAAAACAAGGUACAUCGUGCGCCAACGCGUUACGAUGCGUUCAGAAGGGCGUCGGAGUUUGCGGGCGCCCAGUACACGCUCCGGUACGAGCUGGUACGAUAUCGGUCACACUUCCACCCCACGGUGCAAAAGUUUGCCGAGAGCAUUCUUGCGAAUUCCGCUCUGACGUACUACGGCGAUCCGCUGCAGGACUUUUCGCUCGGUCGCUUCCUGGACCGGUUUGCGUUUAAGAAUCCGAAAAAGCCCAAAACAGUGAAGGAUGAGAAUGGGGAGGAACGACUGCGCCCACAGAUUCCCGGAGUGGCCAUGCGGAAGAGCGACUACGCACCGGCCGGAUUCCGCGCCCUGCCAGUCAACGCACUCGCCAAGGAUAAGUGUGCCGAGGACGAUGAGUUCAUUUUGAAGUUCCUGGAGCAGAAGCGACUUCGCCUCCAGCGUGCCCAAGAGCGCAAAAAGGCCAAGGGCGGGGAUGAUGAGGACGAGGAUUCGGACGUGGAUUCGCUUAACGACGAUGAGUUCGAUGCCUACCUGGACCAGCUCGGUGUGCCGGGCGGCACGGGCCAAGAUGCCGAUAUGGACGGUGGGAACGAGGUUGACUUCAUGCAGGAGCUCGAACAGGAGCUGGCCAAGGAACGCAAGGGUAAGCAGUCGGCAGGCAAAAAGUCUGCCAAGAACGACGAGGACGAUGAAGAUGGGCUGGACGAUUGGGACUUUGUGGACGAUGAGGACGACGAUGACGAUGGUGCAGAGGGCGAUGAUGAUUCGGAUGACGAUCGUCCACGAAAGAUCCGUCGCGAUGGUGAUGUGCGUGAGGAUGAUGGCGAGUUUAGCGACGGGGGCAGCAUUUCGCUCGAGGAAGAUGAGAAUGAAGAUUUCGACAUGGCCGACUUGGAUGAUGAUAAUGAUAAUGAUGAUGUUGGGUCGGAUGAUGACGCGGUCGACGAGCCGAUGCCGAAGAAGCGCAAGAAGUUGUCCGCUAAGUCGACGGGCAUGGUGAGCCAGCGUGAGUUCGCGCGCAAGCUGAAGACGUCCGAUGUGAACUCGCUGUUUGCGGCGGCCGAUGACUUUUCCGAACUGCUGGAAGGCAACGUUGAUCCCUUGAGCGGGGAUGGACGCGGUGCCGGCAAGAAGAAGGGUGGCGGUGGAAUGAUGAAAAAGGCAAGCAAACGACAGUUCGAGGCGCACGGUACGGAGGCCGAGGUGUUCAAUCAGGAUGCGUCGUCGAUGAAGCAGCUUGCCUGGGAAGCGUCCCGGUUUAGUGAUCAUGGUCGAGGCGGCGGAAAGCGUUUCGGUGGACGAGGUGGAGGAGCUGGUAGGACAAAUUUCCAGAAGCGGGGCGGCGGUGGUGGCUUUGGACGGGGUAGAGGAGGUGGUAAGAAGUUUGCUGGAGGUGGCCGGGGAGGUGGAAGGUCCAUGGGACGGAAGUAGGGGUCAAGCUGUAGGAGAAAUCAUAUUGAAAGUAAGUUAGAGUGAAGCGGUUGUAACUGAUCUAUAAAUGUGUCAUUUAAAGGAA